AUGCAAGUCACAUCUUCCGGUAGAGUAUCAAGUAUCCAGCGUCUGGGAACACGCCAUCUCUGCCGCUGGGUGUCGACUUCCCAUCCCGGACAGCUUCCCUGUCAACUGGAUGGCGCCUUUCACCAUGGCGCUGAUGGCGUUGCCUGGAUGGUUCGUUUCCCUCGGGUUGGAAGGUUCUGUGACGACUAUACAGAUGAGAAGGUUGCCAUGGAGGUUACGGCGCUGAACCUCAUCCACAAUCGCACUACAAUCCCGGUGCCGAAAGUCCACGCGUGGGGUCCCGCUACCAGCAACCCGCUCGGUCUCGGCCCGUUCAUCAUCAUGGACUUCAUUGACGGCGUGAGCCUUAGCGACUUUCUCCGAGCCCCCAACGCCGAGCGCCCCACUAGACAUUCUGCAGAAUGGAGGGGUGACCGAACCCAGGGAUUUGCGACAACGACAGAGUAUUUCCACUAUGUCGCCGAUCAAGACUUGGGGCAGCUCAUUCACCAGCCAAACUCAACCGUUGGCUCAUACGACGCUAAAAACAAAUAUGUGGCGUUCAAGGUGCUGAGAGCACUGAUACCAGACUUGCUGAUUUGCGACGAUCUCGGCCUGGCGAACCUGAUUGUCCGUGACAGAGAAGACCUUACUGUUGUUGGUGUAGGAGACCUCGAGUGGUCGUAUGUUGGACCAGCGCAGCUGUUCGGCUCGGCACCGUGGUGGCGUCUCCAGGACAGGCCCGUCAACAGCUCAUGGGACUUCACCGGCGACGAGCCUCCCGAAAUCGCCGCCCGCUACUUCAGAUGCUUAGACAUCUUCAUAGACGUGUUGGAGGAGGAGGAAGCAAAGAUGCCGGGGCAUGAUGAGCGAGAGCUGUCUAGUCUGGUAAAAUGGUCACGAGUCUCUGGGGCCAUGUGGCUGCACAUGCUUCUCUCGCCUGGUUUCAAUGACCAUCGCUCACUUGCUCUCACCCAACGACGCCGACACCUAGGACCCGCGGAAUGAGCGAAUUUGACAACGCGGAAGAGCUCGAGGCCUUCGCAACCCGGAAGGUGCGGGGUCUAGACCAGUAUGAUGAAGCCUUAGAGGCACUGGAGGAGCGCAAGGCGCUCGCGGACGACGGUAGAAUGACACGGCACGAGUUUUUGAGCCAUGGAUCUUCUCUCGUCUGACAACCAGCAAUCCAUAAGGCUCGGAACUGGAUCGUAAUUAGACCGGUCAGGUCAGUAAAGUACAGUACAUACUCUAUUUGAGGCAUUUUUCGAACUUGUUUCUGUACCGAUGGCCGGGAGUACUCUAUACCCACCCCCUAAUAUCAUCGGAAUAUGGUGCCGAGACUCGAUCAGAACCCGUAUAUCCGAAGAUAGAGAGGGGAGGUUGGUCCCGGCCGGGACGGACAUGCUCAAAGGGUUUGACGACUAGGGCGGCCGGGGGUUUCUGUUGGAAGAAUUACUUCAGGAGACUUAGGCUUGAAGCCAUACAAAUUCGUUGAUAUCGUUG